AUGGCCAAUCCAAAUCUGCAAGCCGGACUCGAAUAUUGGGAGAAUCAAGAAGCAACAGUGGAUGGUGUGCUUGGAGGAUACGGAACUGGAUCGUUGCCGCGCGUCGAUGCACUCUCUUCGCGGUUAUUACUCCUCAAAAUGCUGCCAAACCUUAGCACUAUAGACUCGCCUCUGCGCCGUCUGAACACGAGUAGCGAAAGGCCUCGGUUUCGUGCAUUGGAUGUAGGUGCUGGCGUUGGAAGAGUCACAGACACUGUUCUCCUACAGCUCAUGGACGAAGUAAUCGUCGUUGAGCCAGUCGAACCGCUCAUCAAGCAAGCAGUCGCUGGCUCCGUCAACUGGAAGGGUGUCCAGUCCUUGCAGAAGGGCGUUAUUUUCGUCAAAAAACCACUACAAAAGUUUAACCCCGUGGACACCAUUGCGGAGGAAGAUAUCUUUGCACGCGCAGGCGCUCCAGUGGAUUUAUCGUCACCAUCAUCCUUUCAUGUCGUCUGGUGUCAAUGGUGCCUUGGGCAUCUCUCUGACAAGCAGCUUGUCAAGUUUCUUAAGCAGGCAAAGCAAGCCCUCACGGCAGACGGAUUGAUUAUUGUCAAGGAGAAUAUAUGCGAGCCUGCGAAACAAGGCGAACCAGAAUCGGUUUAUGAUCCCGACGAUAGCAGUCUCACAAGAUCCCACCGAACAUGGAUAAGAGUGUUUGAAGAAGCAGGUUUGAAGGUCUUAAAGCAGGAGAUACAAAAGGGCUUUCCGCGGGAGCUCUAUGAGUUCAUCUCCUCGAAGAUAUCUCCUUCAUCCAACCUUCAAAUAGUCGACGUCAACAUGCCUGCGGAAGCUCGAGUCCAAUUGUCGCGUGGCAAAACGAGCAAGCGAUCGACUCCCUCUGAGGAAAAGCAAGUCUGCGGUGUCGACGGUUGCACGAGCGCGUACAGAAAUUCGACUGAUCUCUCUCGACAUAAAUGGUCCCAUGUUCCUGAACACCUUCUCCCGCGUUGUCCAUUUGUUGGCGCAUUUGGAUGGGAGUGUGACCAUCGGUACCAUGGACGGCUCGAUGGGAUGCGGAAACACUGGGAAACAACACACCCAGAAGCAGGACCGUGGCCAGAGUCUACUGCGUAUCCCAAGCUCGACGUUCUCUGCUUCAUCCAUGGACUCGACCUAGGAUGCAAACGACUUGUCACGUACAAGAAAGAAUUCAAACCUCCUUCCGAGUUUACGACCUCUUUACCCAUCAUUCCGGUACAAACGUCGCCGUCUACGUCGACCUCUGCUAGCGCUCCUGCGGAACCAGCCAUUGCCUCGCUGCGGCCCAAGGACCCAAACGAGUUACCCAAGAGCAUGCGUGAUCAUCUUCAUUGGUCAAUUCACGGACAUCGAUUCGGCGACAAGUCUUCGACCUCCGACGUUGACGCCCUCUUUGGCGGCGCGCCGACGACAAAUCAGCCAUCUACCACAGAAGCGAGAGCGGAUGACUCUACAUCCCCUCCCACAGAUCAGAUGGACUUUGAGGCUAUUAUAAAUUCUUUCCAGAUCGUCCCAGAGCAACAUUCCGUCGUCGCGCCACACACGGCUUUGGACCCAUUCAACCUGUUUGACUCGAUUAGGACCGCAGACAUAUACGCAUCACUGGACACACUCAAGUACCCGCUCUCAUCGACAAACGACAACUAUCCACCUCACACGGAGAGUACAGGCGACCCCUUUUGUAGCCCAAGCCUCGCCGAUAAUAUGCUGCGACUUGACUUGGCGGCAUUAGCCUCUACUUUCUCUGAAGUGUAUCAAGAAUCGUCCCCUGGGUUCUCGACACCCGAAUUGUUCAUCGACAAUAACGCGUCAUACUAG